AUUAAAUUAGUUGACAUGUGCAAGUACAGCAGUAUAAUAACUUUAUGGCUUGUAGUGAGGCAGACUUACUAUGAGGCGGGGGUGUAACUGUAACUAGUUUUGCCGUAACAUUUGUGAAAAAUAAGUGGCAUGUCGAAAGAAAUAUCCUGAAUUGAUCCUCCGAACAGUCACUCUGGAAAUGCUGAAUGAACAGUGGCCGGCAGUGCUCUGAUCUACCAGAGUUGCUCAUUGCCCUUAUCACUUUCUUCUGAAUUUUUAGACCUUCAGUGAUGUGAAGAGAGUGUCUCCAUAUCAGCAAUCCAUACUCUAUAUAUGACGGCACCGGCAAGACAUGAAAGUUUUUUCUGUGAUACAACAUUCAUCAAACAAGAGCCAGUGGAAGCUGAACCACACACAUCUCCUAAGCAAGAGAUUGAGUACAUAUCUGUUAAAGAGGAGACUCUGGUGGAAGCUCCUAAGCAAGAGAUAGAGUACAUAUCUGUUAAAGAAGAAACCCCGUGUCUGCGGGAUUGGGAGGUUCCAGAUGGGCACGAUAGUGUGCGGGAUCCUUUAAGCGUCGAUAAAAAGGAAAAUUCACCUUCAGAAGAUUUUCCCACAUCUAGCACAUUAAAUAUUGAGAAAACAGAGGAUGAGGAAGAAGAGGAGAAGGCAAUGAGCAAGGACAGUGGGGAGGAAUGUUCAUCUUCAGAAGAAUUUCUUGAACGUAGUGUAUUCCAUGUUGAGAAGACAGAGGAUGAGGAAGGUGAUGAAGCAGCGAGCGAGGGUGACUUUGAGGAGCUCGAACAUGGAGUGGAGUCAACAAGCAGUGACAGUGAACCAGAAAGUACUAUCCCGGUUGCCAUGGAGGAUGACAAGAGUAAAGAUUCCAGUCGUGGUUUAGUGGCUGAAGUUUCACUAGCUGCAGGAAAAGGCAACAGGACUGAAUGGAACACCAAGAAGGAAAUAUAUUGUGCGAAUAAAAGUGGUAUAAUGCAUUUGCUGCACAGAUGUACCAUCUGCAAAAAGUCAUUUGCGCAGUUGGAGGACCUGAAAAAGCACACACAAAUGAACAGAUGUCAACUUCUUCAAUCAUGCUGUGUAUGUCACAAAACAUUCACAACGAGUGGCAGUCUGAAGAGGCAUUACCGCGUUCACACAGGUGAACGCCCGUACAGCUGUGACGUUUGCAACAAGACAUUCAUACAACGUUGUCACUUGAAGCAGCAUUCACAGUUGCACACUGGUGAACGCUCAUACAACUGUCCCAUUUGCAACAAGAUGUUCACUCAAAGCAGUCAACUAAAGCGUCAUUCUCAGCUGCACACUGGCAAACGUCCAUACAUCUGCGGCGUUUGCAACAAGACAUUCAUAGAAAAUAAUCAGCUGAAGCGGCAUUCCCAGUUGCACACUGGUGAGCGCCCGUACAUCUGUGGGAUUUGCCACAAGGCAUUCAUGCGAAGUAAUCAACUGAAGCGGCAUUCGCAGCUACACACUGGCGAACGCCCGUACACCUGUGGCAUUUGCUGCAAGACAUUCAUAGAAAAUUGUGAACUGAAGAGGCAUUCAUGGUUGCACACAGGCGAAAGCCCCUACAUCUGUAGUGUCUGCAACAAGACAUUCACACACAGUACCAAACUGAAGGAGCAUUCGCAGUUGCACACCGGGGAACGUCCAUUCACAUGUGGCAAUUGUAAUAAGACAUUCUCACAAAGUAGUCAACUCAAACGGCACAUGCGGUUGCACACUGGCGAACGUCAAUAUAUCUGUAACGUCUGUAACAAGUCAUUCACACAGAGUUCUCACUUGAAGCGGCAUGCCCAUUUGCACAUUGGUGAAUGUGCGUACACCUGUGGUAUUUGCAACAAAACAUUCUCAGAAAGUAGUCACCUGAAGAAGCAUUCAGAGCUGCACAUUGGCAACUGAGUGAAGUUAUUGUGCCACAAGAAGUUAAAGAGUAGAAACGACUUGAAAGGCAUGUGAAAUCUCACAUCCAGUACAAUUCAUUUAUGUUUUUGUUCUGCUGGUUGAUCCUGGGUAGCGGUUAAGUUUUCAUUUUCAUCUGUGUAAAAUAAAGUCAGAUAGUCGAUAUCAUGUACAUACCAACACUAAGUUUUAAAAUCUUGUAAGUACCGAGUAGACACGCUUUCACUUGUAAAAUAAUAAUUCAUCAAAAUUAAUAAAAUUAUUGUGCCCCAAUCAUAUCAAAUGGAAGACCUACUGUGGUAGUGUUCCAUUGAUUUCGCUGCUGUGCUUAUCUUUGGCAUGCAUGGAAGUGUCACUGAAUUAAUUAGAUGCACAAUCUGUGUAUUUUCCACAUUUAUUAACAAUGUCUAAAUGAGAAAAUGUGUAUCAGCCAAAAUAACUAUGAUAUUUUGGAUUGUAGCAUUGCACGUUCAUUUCUUCAUAAGUAUUUCAGAAACUGGGUAAUGACUGAUGUGUUGAAAUACUGUGUGGUAUUUAGAUUUUUGUUUUCUUAUCAAGGGCUGUGCAUAACGUAAAUCGCAAUGUACAGGAACAUGUAAUCAACAUUUGUGCUUUCUACAAAUAUUUGCAAGAGUAUCCUUUUUGG